AUGACAGCCCAGAUAGAGCUCACUUCAGCUUACUAUCAAAAGGACUGGGAUACAGAAAUAUUCCAUGGUGCAAUAUCCUUCACAAUUCACUCAAGGGAACUACCAAGGUUUAGGCCGUUUCUUGAGAGCAGAAGACCUUCCAGCACAAGAAGUGAUGGUUUUAUUAGGGACUUCUGGAAACAGGCCUUUGACUGUGAAUUCUCCAAUACAGUGGAGGGUGAGGGGAAUAUUUGCACAGGGGAAGAGAAGCUGGAGAGUCUUCCUGGGCCUUUCUUUGAAAUGAGCAUGACUGGCCACAGCUACAGUGUGUACAAUGCUGUCUAUGCUGUGGCUCACGCCUUACAUGCCAUGUCCUCAUCUAGACUCAAACAGAGAGCAAUGGUGGAUGGAAGGGAACUGAAGCUUCAGAUUCAACAGUUAUGGCAGCUCCAUUACUUUCUGAGAGGGAUCUCAUUUAACAAUAGUGCUGGAGACAAAGUUUCCUUCACUCCAAAUGGGGAGUUAGUAGCUGGAUUUGAUAUUAUCAACUGGGUUGUUUCCUCCAACCAGUCCUUCCAUCGGGUGAAAGUUGGGAGGAUGGAUCCCCAAGCUCCUCCAGGACAAGCAUUCACCAUCCAUGAAGACGCCAUAACAUGGCACAGAUGGUUUAACAAGGUACAGCCACUUUCUGUGUGUAGUGAGAGUUGCUAUCCAGGCUCUAGGAAGAUAAUGAAGGAAGGGGAGCCAUUUUGCUGCUAUGAUUGUACCCCUUGUCCAAAAGGGAAGAUUUCCAGAGAAAGGGAUAUGAAUGAUUGUGAUAAAUGCCCAGAUGAAAACUACCCAAACAAAAAACAGGAUUUUUGCAUACCCAAAGUUGUAACCUUCCUGUCUUAUGAAGAACCUUUGGGGCUCAGUUUAGCCUGUAAUGCGGUUUCCUUUUCUCUCAUCACAUUCCUCGUGCUAGGAAUAUUUAUGAAGAACCACAACACUCCCAUUGUCAAAGCCAACAACCGGAGCCUCUCCUAUGCUCUCCUCACCUCCCUCCUGCUCUCCUUCCUUUCAGCAUUGCUAUUCAUUGGCCCACCGGAGAGGAUGACCUGUCUCCUCCGACAAACUGUUUUUGGUAUCAUCUUCUCAGUGGCUAUUUCUUGUGUGCUGGCAAAAACCAUCACGGUGGUUCUGGCUUUCAUGGCCACCAAACCAGGAAGCGGGAUGAGGAAGUGGUUGGGGGAAAGACUGGCCACCUCCAUUGUUCUUUCCUGCUCCCUUCUUCAAGCAGGCAUUUGUACUGUGUGGCUGGCCACCUCAGCCCCUUUCCCAGAUACUGACAGGCACUCAGUGAUGGAAGAAAUUGUACUCGAAUGCAAUGAAGGGUCUGUGACUAUGUUUUACUGUGUCCUGGGCUUCAUGAGCUUCCUGGCCAUUGUCAGUUUCACUGUGGCAUUUCUUGCCAGGAAGCUGCCUGACAGUUUCAAUGAAGCCAAAUUUAUCACUUUCAGCAUGUUGGUCUUUUGCAGUGUUUGGCUCUCCUUUGUUCCAACUUAUCUGAGCGCAAAGGGAAAGUACAUGGUAGCUGUGGAGAUCUUCUCCAUCUUAGCCUCCAGUGCUGGGCUGCUGGGUUGCAUUUUUUCACCCAAAUGUUACAUUAUUGUGCUGAGGCCUCAGUUGAACAAAAGGGAACAACUAAUCAGAAGAAAAGACUAA